UCCUUUUUUUUUUAGAAUUCCGCCGCCGCAGGCGGCGCGAAUCCGGCUGGUAGCACGUAAUAUGAGUAAAGCUUAAGGGCUAGUUAAACUCGGGCUAUUGUGGCACCCCGCAGUGGCGCCCUCAAGUAUAUACGGCCGAGUUGCUUAAUCCGGACGAGCUGGGUCAAUACAAUAUCCCGAACAAGUUCGGGCAUUCGAGCCGAUCGCAGCCUUAAUUAAAACCGGCUUUAAAUUCGAGCCGAUCGCAGCCUUAGCGUAAAAAAUAUUCCAACCCUCUCUAUUUCAACGAUAUAACCGGCUUGAAUGUCGAGCCGAUCAGGGCCUUAAUAAUGUCGAUAUAGUUAUCCCGUGAGUCAUUGUUUUAUGCGCCUGGGAUAAUCUUGCCCCGGCUGAUCUUGGUUUAAGCAAAUAUUCCGAAUAUUCUAUGUAAAAAGUCGCCGAGAUGACAAGUUCAACGAUAUUGAUAUGUACGCAUCAUACAACUACGCUGAUAUCAGCAGGAAUCGUGUAAAAUGUUGAUAUAAAUCCUCAUUUCCGCAUCGAGCAUGCAAUGUUUACCAUUAAGGAGGCAAUAUCAGCAAUAGGUAGGCCAUAACGUUUUUGCUACCUGAUUCCUCCCAUUCGAAAUACCAUUCAUCAGCAACCUCUUUCGACGACCAUGGGCGAGAAUCCGAGAUCGCGGAUUCUGAUUAUCGGCGCUGGGUCUAUGGGAAUCCUCACGGGCUAUCACCUAAGUCUCGCUGGUGCUGAUGUGACGUUUCUCAUCCGCCCACAUCGUGCGAAAUUAUUGGAUAGUCCUCAGAUGCUCUAUUGCUACGAUGAUAACCAGUUGAAAGAGUAUAAGCGCUAUAGUUAUAUUACCGACCCCUUACUGAUAGCCGGGUCAAACUAUGAUUACGUCGUUAUUGCGCUUGACGGGGUGUCUUUACGGAACGAGACCGGACUAGACUUGGUGAAGACGAUAGGCGACGCUACGCGCGGGACCAAUACGAAGAUAGUCCUCGGCAGUGUAUUCUUUGACUUACGGGCUUGGUUUCUUCAAGUUUCGGGGCUGGCGGACGAGCAAGUAACUAACGGGCACCUCGGCAUCCAUGCCUAUUCCACGAAGGCUGUGACUCUGCCACUAGAGACUUCGACGGAUCCAAACCUCAUUUCAAAGGCCGACUUUGCCUACAUAGACAAGCUAGAUGACGGCUUCACCGUCGAUGAUAGCUCUCCUGCCGUCGCGAACGGCUUUGCCAAGAUCUACAACGCAUGCGGGAUUUCGCACUGCGCCGUCAAGUCCGCACCAGAAUACGCCGUCACCAUAAACCCCUUAUUUGCUAUCUUCGCGGCAUGCGAGCUAUUUGACUGGCCUAAAUUUCAGGAUAUUGGUGAUGAAGAACUAUGGGGUCUUGUGGUCUCAUCCGUGAGGGAAAUCCAACAGCUUGGUAUUCAUGGGGAACUGGGCAGGGAGUCAGCUAGGAUAACAACCGAGACUGGACUCGCUGCGUCGCUGGCGGCGUGGGAGAAAAGUAUGCUCCCGCUCGACCUACAGGCGUUCAAUCGCUUCCAUCAUGGCGAGAAGUUGAGAGCCCAGGAUCGAGAACACUUGCAGGCUUGUCUUUCGUAUGGAGCAGCGGAGGGGAAGCCAAUGCCAGCACUGAAAGAUCUGUUACGGCGUGUUCAAGAACACGAAGUGGUCGCCGCUCAGUGAUAGAUAGUAUCAACCGUCCUCAUUACGUAGUGGGAAAUAUGAGGGGUAUGUGUUACUUUCAGCGUUAUACUGUAGCUAUUAGGUGAAUACAUAGCUUGUUUUAGGAUGUGAUGGACAUAUGAUGUUCUUAAUUCCCUGUGAUUCUUAGAAGUAUUGAAUAGCUUGUCUUCUUAACUGUUAACUUAUAUCAUCAUCUAAAAAGUGCAGUGGUUGACUAACGUUCAUAUCAGGUAGCUAGAAAGAUAAUAGAGGAAACAAAACUAAGCUCUAAAAAAACAGGCAGGUUAUAACCGAGCAUCCCUAUGCUCACGAGGAACAUCUUAAAUAGAGACAUCUCGAAUGAUGUUUAAGUUACGUCUUAAUGUCAUACUGCCAUGAAUUUAGGCACUCGCCGUUAUUCUACGGAAGGCUUUUGGGGCAUAUUCAACAACACAUGGGAGAAACAUUUGGUAUCACACCAAUCGCGACAGAUGAGAUAUUCUCUAUUUGGCAAGACCAGCAAAAUAGAUGAAUCGAUCUCCAAAGAGUUUCCAAUGAUGAAUAAAUACCACUAUUCGCUGAAAUAUAUAAAUCUGCUUUUGUGGUUUAUAGGUGAGGAACGGAGUUAGGGAACUAAGUGAUUGACCGUCAACUUAAAAAGGAGAUACAGGUAGGUAUAAGAACUUCAACUUACUAUGUGUUAGAGCCUAGUACAUUGCGAUGAAAUAUUGACUCGUCCACUUAUAAAGCCGUCGAG